AUGAAUCGCGCACACAGUGGAACGCAUAUUAGACCGUAUGACAGACCUGUUGUGGCAGUGGUGGUUCAAGGAGGAGCCCUGGAAAACGGCCGACACAACACUCAACAAGCGGACCAAAGCGAAGAGCAGACAAGGCAAGCCAUCAAAUCCGAAGGCACAAAGAUCUCGAGAGACAUGCUGGUGUUUUGCGAGAAGCAAGCGGCAGUCUUAGAGUCGAUUAAAUUUCGGGGUAGUCUGAUGUUCGCGUUCGAGCGGGAGACCGGAUCGUCCUGGUUCGAUCCUCCCGAGCAUGAAAACAGAGAGUCAUGGCUACUCCCAACAACGCAGCACAUUCGAGCAGAAGCUCAAGCGCUCUUGAGAGAAUUUGAGGAACAACGCCUUCCCGACCUUACAGCUUUGCUUCAAUCAGCAGAGAAAUGA